CAGGCACAAAUGCUCAAGAUGCACCCAGGUGUCCUGGUUGUCCUCCUCUUCUUGAGCUGGACUCAUUGUCGGUCCUUGCCCCUUCCAAAUGGUGAUGAUGAUGAUGAUCGGUCAGAAGAAGAACUCCAGUUUGCAGAGCAAUACCUGAAAUCAUACUACCAUCCUCUGAAUCCUGCGGGAAUCCUGAAGAAGACUGCAGCAAGCUCCAUGGUUGACAGGCUCAGAGAAAUGCAGUCUUUUUUUGGCUUGGAGGUGACUGGCAAGCUUGACGCUGACACCUUAGAUGUCAUGAAAAGACCAAGAUGUGGGGUUCCUGAUGUGGGUGAAUACAAUGUUUUCCCUCGAACUCUCAAAUGGUCCAAUGUCAAUUUAACCUACAGAAUUGUGAAUUACACCCCUGAUAUGACUCAUUCUGAGGUAGAAAAGGCAUUCAGAAAAGCCUUCAAAGUUUGGUCUGAUGUGACACCUCUGAAUUUCACCCGACUUCAUGAUGGCAUUGCCGAUAUCAUGAUCUCCUUUGGAACUAAAGAGCAUGGUGAUUUCUACCCAUUUGAUGGACCCUCUGGUCUUCUGGCUCAUGCUUUUCCUCCUGGACCAAAUUAUGGAGGAGAUGCCCAUUUUGAUGAUGAUGAAACCUGGACAAGUAGUUCCAAAGGCUACAACUUGUUUCUUGUUGCUGCCCAUGAGUUCGGCCACUCCUUAGGUCUUGACCACUCCAAGGACCCGGGAGCACUCAUGUUUCCCAUCUACACUUACACUGGCAAAAGUCACUAUGUGCUUCCUGAUGAUGACGUGCAAGGAAUCCAGUCACUCUAUGGUCCAGGAGAUGAAGACCCCAACCCUAAACAUCCCAAAACACCAGACAAAUGUGAUCCCUCUUUAUCCCUUGAUGCCAUUACCAGUCUCCGAGGCGAAACAAUGAUCUUUAAAGACAGAUUCUUCUGGCGCCUGCAUCCUCAGCAGGUUGACGUGGAGCUGUUCUUAACAAAGUCGUUUUGGCCAGAGCUUCCCAACCACGUUGAUGCUGCAUACGAACAUCCUUCUCAUGACCUGAUUUUCAUCUUCAGAGGUAGGAAAUUUUGGGCUCUUAAUGGUUAUGACAUCCAGGAAGGUUAUCCCAAAAAAAUAUCUGAACUGGGAUUUCCAAAAGAGGUUAAGAAGAUAAGUGCAGCUGUUCACUUCGAGGAUACAGGCAAGACUCUCUUCUUCUCAGGAGACCAGGUCUGGAGCUAUGAUGAUACUAACCAUGUUAUGGAUAAAGACUACCCCAGACUAAUAGAAGAGGACUUUCCAGGAAUUGGUGACAAAGUAGAUGCUGUCUACGAGAAAAAUGGUUAUAUAUACUUUUUCAACGGGCCCAUACAGUUUGAAUACAGCAUCUGGAGUAACCGUGUUGUUCGAGUUAUGCCAACAAAUUCUCUAUUGUGGUGUUAAAAUUUUUUUGAAAUUUCUAUUUAAAUCCUGAAGAGCAUUUGGGAUAAUACUUCCAAAGGUAUGGGGGGAGGGUCAGGGAAAGGAGAGAUAUCAGGAGAAAGCUUAGUUCUGUGAACAAGCUUCAGUAAGUUAUCUUUGCUUUGUUGUAUCUGUAUGACUCUAUGUGGCUGGAACCACUUCAAAGAAUUUUAAAAAUGAAAUUGAGUAUCUCUAGAGAUCAUCUCUUGUCUGCUAUACAGAAACUGGUUGAUAGUACUUCCUACACCAAAAAUGGGACCAGUGGUCUGUUAAUAAGAGUCAACAUAAUUUAAAAAAUAUAUUUAUGACAAAACUUUACAAAGGCAUAAAAGUCAAUCACAUUUAUACAGUUAAUAAAUCCUCUCUAUUAAAAAGUAUAACAGAUUAUAAAAAUGGAAUUUGGGGGAAACAUAGGUAAAUCAAAGGAAAAUGUCUGCAAUAAAUAGAUUACGGACAACUUUUCUUAGAAAUAAUUUGAGUUUUGCACUGAGAAUUUACUUGUACACUGUUCUCACAUAGACAUUAAGAAAAUGUCAAAGCCAUUAACAGAAGAGCCAAAGGCUAAGGUUGAGGAACGUAGAUGUGGCUUUGGCCUCCGAUUUUCACUUUUGGCAACAACUCAAGGGCUGCUCUCAAGGCAAAUAAGAGGGGGUUUUUUGUUUUUUUUGUUUGUUUUUUUGCAUAUUUAUAUAAGAUAAAGACAGACAAUCCUUUUUAUUAAAAUAUUUCAAGUCUUUCAAAAGUCAUACUACAAACAUAAUUGUUAUCAAGAUAAUUAAAUCCCAUGGCAUCACUUUUUCAUAAAUGAUUUGAUUAUUUAGGACUAAAUAAAAGUAGUAUUUCAAUUAUAUUUUUUCUAGCUAAUUAUUUCAAUUGUCCAAUUUGCCUUGGGUAUAGUGUAUUUUAUAAUGAUUAAUAUAGCUUGAAAUAAAAUAAGCCCUAUCUAUUUUAUAAAUUGGAAGUAUUUAUGUUAAAACAGUCAUCCCCUAAAAAAAAAAAAAAGGCAAUAUGGUAGAUUGCGAUCCUCUUAAGAUAUGAAACUGUGCCUUCUCUCUCUCUUUCUCUCUCUUUUAAAUCCUCUAACACUUUUCAUAGUGUUUGGCACUUGGAAGGGCUUCUGGUACUUAUUAAAUAUGUGAAUGACCGUCAAGGGAAGAACUGUUGUACUGAGAUCUACUUCAUAAAAACUCAGGCGAAGAGAACAAAGUGUGUAUUUGCAAACUGUAUU